AGUUGACAGACAGUAGCUGCCAUUGUCUAGCGCUCAUCUUUGCUCUAUCUCAAACCCGUGUGGGUAGCGAUCAAACGGGGCUAGCUAGCGGCGACUCAAAAGGACCCGUCAGGCUCCCCAAACAUUUUGAUUCUUUUCCUUUCUUUUUUUUCUCUCCUAUCCCUUCCCACUCCACGCUCCAAGCCUUUUUAGUGCCUAACGCACGCAAUUUCCUCGGUAGAUCGCCCUUUCCUACUUUAUUCUCUCUCCAAGCGAACCCAAGGUGAGGCGUUGGCUCGACUGCUCUGACCGGAGAAUUUCAACACACCGCCCUUGACGGCGAUGAUACAUGGCGCCCCAGGGUCUCAAACCGGCCCCUGCGCGUGGCCAUGGAGGGGUGAGGAACUGAAACCUGGGCGAUCGCGCACGCCCCAGCAGCAUCCCCCGUCCCUGUGGCCCUCCAGCAACUCCUUCUCUUUUUCUUAUCGAGCGUGGGAACGGCCAGCAAUGGACACGGAUCAGGCGAUUAUGUGAAAGGGGGUACGAAGCGUUGAUCCGUUUCGAUCUCGGCAUUUCCUGACAGCAACGGCGCACGAAAGGUCGCGUCUGCCUGCCGCUUCGCAAAAUUAAGCUUGUCUUUGGAUCGCCUCAUCUCAUGCAACGCCGGGACGGACAGACCACACACACGGAUGUACGUCUACGACAACAUUUCCUUGCUUUUCCGUACCGUAGAUACGUAGAUUGUAAUCCAGGUCCGCGGAAGCCAUGAGCGGGAUUAGGGUGGAGACUUACCAAGAGAUCGCCUGAUAUCAAUGGUAGGUAUAUCAAGCGACGGGCGACAAUGUCUCCCAACUCGAACAAGGGAACAAGGGAAACCAGAUUUGUGCCUGAGCUUGACUCCCGAGAAUCGUCGAAAAGCAGCGGGAGCGAGCCCGAGCUGAAAGACUUCACAUCUAUAUUUGUGCACGUAAUAUCAAGCAUUAUAGAGCCAGCGCUUUGUGCUAUUUGCGUUUCUUUGCGGGCGCAAGCCUGCCCAGUACCAUGAAGCCCGCGGGUCCCAUUUUCUAAUCUCGCCCCCGCCAGUGGACCCCCUCGCCAAGGUCGAUACCAGCCAGGAGGACAGUCCAGCACUAGGAUCGGGGCCACAGCCGGACCUGGAACGCCCUCAAACAUGGAGAAACUGACCAGGGCCCUCCACCCGUCAGAAGUUGCUGCGCCUUCUUGUCAACUGGGAUCAAAUCCUGAUUAUUGGGCGGCUCCACCGCUAAUCAUCGCCAAGGGCGGCAACGUUUGCUUGUUCGCACGCCCAGAGGUUCAACGCUUUAAUACAGGGGGAAAAGACAAGAAAAGAGAAAACACAUGGUUCGAGUACCCUACCGGAAAUAAUUUUUAUCGAGUUUUUAACUUUAAAGGCAUUAUUCAAAAGGUAAGUAAUGUAAAAGAUUUUAGUAGGAUAACGGUAAAAAAAACAUCCGUGGGUAGGCUGUAA